AUGGAAAUGAGUAUGCAACUUGGAGCACGACAGUCUCUGACUUCUUCGUUAUCAAAAGUGGAACCAGAUUUAGGUGAUAAUGUUUUCGAUAUGCUUGAUGAUCUGAUUAUGAUUCCAUCUGGAGCUGUUCCAUUGGAACGUCAUUCCUUGUCGAAACAAGCACGGGAAGAACAUAUGGAGAAUGAGCAAGAGAAUGAGCAAGAGCAUAAUGAUAAUGGAGUUACGACGUCGACAAUGAGUUCUAGUAGUGUCAGUAGUGGAAGAGAUAGUUUGGCAGAUAUUCUCGAGUCUUUGGACAUGGAUUUAGAAGAUGAGUUGAUGAAUGAUGAUACUUUGUCAUCUGGUAGUGAACGAGCACGGAGUGCUAGUGAUUUACUGGAUGAAAGUGAUUUUGAUGAUCUAAGUGAUGAUGCAGAUUCGAUGGAAUUUGAUUUUGACCGAAAGGAGGACAAGACGGACCCAAAUGAACAUGCACCACCACCGGAAGAAGAGUUUGUACAUUUUCGACGCUCGUCAUUGGAUCAAGUAACGUCCAUGAGUGGUAGUACGUCCAGUAUAUUUAACAAUGCAACAGGCAAUAUGUGCACGUUAAUAUGGGAAGGAGGAUUAUUAGGAUUGAGACUGCGUCAUUCACAGUCGAGGAUGAUGCCGGCAGUGUCCAAAGUCACGGGCAAAAGCUCAAUUUUUGGCAUUCAUCUCGUGGAUGUAGGGGAUUUGUUGCUACGUAUUGGAGAACGAGUUACGUGUGAUAUGGAUUUUUUAGAUGCCAUUGCUUAUCUGAAAGAAGUACCCAAGCCGUGCACACUUGUUUUCCGACGAUUAAUGGCGGACCCGAUGGCGGUCAAACCUGUUCAGCCAACAGUCAAGAGUGUUAUCGGAUUGAAACUCGCCGCUAAGUUUGAUGAACUCACGGCAGCGGAGAACGAGAGAUUUCCGCCGCAACCAACAGUCAAGUUGGACGCAAAAUACGAGAUUAAAUGGAUUGAUGGCCCGCUUGGGAUCAGCCUAAUUGCAAGUAAAGACGUGCCGUACCCUCUUGUUACGCGCAUUACUGGGAAAAACCGCUCACCACAGGUACAGGACGUGCAGCCUGGUCAUUACCUGGUACAGAUUGGCACCUACAACACUACAGACGGUAAUUUUAACUCAGCGAUCAAGUUUUUGCAAAAGGUGCAGAAACCAGUAUCGCUGUUCUUUUGUCCAGGCAACAAGAAAAUGUCUGCUCGGCCUGAACCAAGUGCGGAUGAAUACGAUCAUAUUUGGGAGAAGAAACAACCACUGUGCUUCACGGUACGACCGAGUGCUGCUGGGUUUAUGGUUGUUGCCGACUUAGGCAGCGCGAAGUCUAUCAAGGUGAAGAUGAAAAGCUCGCCUAAUAAUGUGGCAUCUUUUGUGAGCUCAGGAGAUCGUAUCAUAUGGAUUAAUGACGAAAGCGUUAAGGAUCUGUCAUUCCACGAGUCUUUGCUAAAAUUACGCACUGCCAAGCGUCCGCUGAUCAUUCGAUUUAAGAAGGGCUCUCCCAACGACGCGAUCGCUCCUGUGCCGUCUUUUGGUGUACAUUCGGCAUUUACCACGACAGCUUUACCGUCGUCACUGGCAUCCUCGUCAACGCCAGUAUCUUCGUCAGCAUCCUCAACCUUAUCGUCGUCAUCAUAUUCUCCGUCUUCGUCAUCGUCAUCGUCUGCGAUUGAAAAUGUGACGCCUACUGCUACAGUAACGCCUCCGAAAGCUGUGCAGCCACUACCGGUUCCACUUCCUACUCCUCGCAGCUUUAUAAAUCCGCUCAAAAAGAUGAGUUACUUGAAAGAAAACGGCAAUACCGCAGCCAACUCAAAAGUGCAAAAUGAGAUCAGGAAGUAUCAAGAAAGGCCGGGACAGCAACAACAACAGCAACAGCAACAGCAACAGCAACAACAGCAACAGCAACAGCAGCAACAGCAGCAACAACAGCAACAGCAACAACAGCAACAGCAACAGCAACAGCAACAAAAGCAACAGCAGCAACAGCAACAGCAACAGCAGCAACAGCAGCAACAGCAACAGCAACAACAACAACAGCAACAGCAGCAACAACAACAACAGCAACAGCAGCAACAACAACAGCAACAGCAGCAUGUGUCACAGUCGCUGCAGCAAGCUACUCAGGCUCAGGAACUUUGUCAGAGCAAAUUCCGAGGUCAUGCUGAUCAGGAAGCAAAACGAUCAGCGCUUGAUGCGAGACAAGUGAGCGCUUCGUCAUUAAAUGCAUUGAGGGUCUCACUGCAGGGUUCGAGAGGAGGACAUUACACCACUGUGCCAGCUACGCUCACUACCAAGGAUCCGCCACCCCGGUCGGCGUCUAGCCCAGACAGCAGUGAACAACGGGGUGACACGACCUACCACGUCGCAGAUACACGAAAUAAACUUCGCAGCCUGGAUUAUGGACUACGUAAAUCUCCGCUGGCAAAGUCUUCUGGCGAUCCGGUUGAUAACGACACACCAAUAAAACCGCUUUCACGGAGUGGCAAUCACCACGGUUCCGCACCCCAAACACCAAGCAAUGAAGCCAGCAAACCCAAGGAAAAGGAAUUGGAGAAGGACAAUGACGUGUAUGAAGUGGUAUGGCCUGAGAAUACAGCGCUUGGUCUGACGCUACGUGUGCAUCCAACGACAAGGUUUCCCGUGGUGGCACGCGUGACAGGCACGAGCAACCUCAAGAAUAUCGAGCAUGUGUCGCCUGGGGAUAUCCUUUUUGCAGCUAACAACGUCAAUAUUAUACCACAGCCGAAGUUCAAGCAGACACUUGAGAACCUGUCGCGUUUGCCGAAGCCAGCAAUAUUGCGCUUCCGGCGUGCAUCGGCCGCGGCAUAUGCAUCAGUGCGAAUGGAUAAAAUGAAUCAAUCGCUGCCACGCGGGCCAGUGAUGAAAGACCGUGAGUAUGAACUCAUUUGGCGAGAGAACGCUAACCUCGGGCUCGUGUUCAGUUCGGAUGCCGACGUGCCAAAGGUGACGAAGGUGGACAUGGAUUCUGGUGGACCUAUGCUGCAAAAGGUGUCGGUUGGGGACGUCUUGACAUGGAUUGGCCCUAUGGAGAUUAGCGGAUCUUCUUUCCACUCGUCUAUGGCGACAUUGCGUGCCGUCAAGCGGCCUGUUGUGCUGCGUUUCUACAAACGCGGAACAUGA